AUGCUCGCUCUCACGGGCAUAGAGCGGUCCUAUGCGUCGGCCAUCGGGCAGACGAUGCACAACCUGACCGUCCAGGCCGAGGUCGGGUCCGUGAUGGAGGGCAUGCUGGGCGACCUCGAGGCGUGGGAGUGGGCCAACAAGGAAGAGGUGCUCAAGAAGGAGCUGGAGCACGCGAGGGCGCAGGUGCAGGCGCUGAAGGACUCGGAGAGGGCUCUCCUUGAGGAUACGUGUGUGCCCAGCAUCGGUCGCUUGCGGGAUUGCAGCGCGCUGCACAGCUGCUAUUGA